UGUUGAUUACAUCCAAAGUACACUUCCCGAGAAAGUCGACAGUAACAACGAUGUAAAUGACCAUAUCGAGUAUAAUAAUGAUGAUACAGAGAAAAAAAAAGUGGAUGGCUGUAUAGAAGUGGAGGACGAAGAGAAUUCACCAAUACCAAUGGUGGCGGCGGCGGUGAGCACAAAUGAUGAUCCAAAGUUAUCUUGUAUCACAUUUAGGUUCUGGGUAUUGAGCACGUUCUUCACCACACUCGGAGCAACCCUAUCAGAAUUCUACUAUUUCCGUCCAAAUAAUGCCGGAUUCUCGUUAUUUUUUGUGUUACUAGUAUCGUAUGUGCUUGGGCAAUGGAUGGCAAGAAUAUUUCCUAAUAAAAAGUAUAGCAUUGGGAGAUGGGAAUUUAAUCUUAAUCCAGGUCCAUUCAACGUAAAAGAGCAUGUUUGUAUUUGCGUGGCGACUGGUGCUGGUGGUGUAUCUGCUUAUGCUACGGAUAUUAUCGCGAUCCAAGAAUUGUUUUAUAAACAGCAUGUCGAUUUCUUUAAAGGCAUCUUGUUGCUUAUCAGUACGCAGAUGCUUGGAUACGGACUCGCUGGAUUUCUACGCAAAU